CGCCUUUACGUCCAGUAGUGCAACGAGGGCUGUUUCAGUCCAAAUUUCCGAGUUUUGGACUGCAAGUGAUCGCUGUCUCGCACGGUAGACCUACUCGUUAGAUGUUCGCUCUCACAUUUACGACCAUCGCUGGCGCCUCGACUUUCUCAUGCAUGGUACUAUGUCUGGCUACGUCUUGAGUUUCCUCGAUCCUGCUCCGUCCUAAUGUGCUGAUCUCUCCUCUCAAGCUCGCUUCAUGAGGACCUCCUCGCCACGGUCAGUCACUCUUGUUGCUUCUCCGAUCUGCCGGAACCAAGUCUAUCUUCAUGAUCAAUCUGAAGAGCGGACCACUCGACUACCACUAAUCGGUGCGUACUGUCCAUAUCCAACGCCUUACCUCGUAUAUGUUUGAAUCAUAGCUCGUUCUUGGUGACACUGAUGCAUUU